AUGGCGCAUUUCCGAGAGGUCACUCGAAUCAUUGCAAGCCCUAUCCUCGAGCAACUCCAGACAUUGACCAUCCCCGUCUCCGACAUCAAGCGAUACAUCGGUGUCAUCGAUCAACUUUUGGAACUGGAGAAUGUUUUAUUCAUUCUAGAUGAGCUCUUUGUCUACGAUCCUAGCGAUAUUCCUACUUACAACAACGACGACGCCCCAACGGAAGUGGAGGAAGUCCUGAGGACGACCAAGGCGCGAGAGGAGGCGGUCAUGCAGGCAUGGGUGUGUCCCGAGACGGUGCAGUUUGAGCUAUUGAAGAUGCUGCGAAUGCUGCGUGCGCCAACGCCAAUCGACAAAUUGAACUGGGUCCAAUUUGUCUCCCAUGUGUCGUUGACCGACCUUGCGGAGGUUCAGGAGAUCACCGUCUCUCACAAUCAACGGUGUCGUUCUCUCAGGAAGGUCAAUAUGUCGACCCUUGGACCUGGUGUCUUUUCUUGGGCAGUACAGGAAAAGACGGACUGGACGGCUUUGGAAACAGUUACUACAACCAGGAAUUACCGCAUUACAAGAACUGGGCCGGAUGAAAAAUGGUUCAUCGGACCCUCCUUGGAAGACGACGAUAACGACUAUCACCGCUACAACUACCGCCACCUUGUGCCAAGGAUCGAGGGUCCACGACGACAGCGAUGGAGAUGGGACUGGGACCUACCUCUACUUGCAAGACUGGUCCUCAAGUCCAAGUUUGUCAUUACCACAAGGACGCGGAAGUAA